AAGAGACACAAGACACAAGAGAACAUAGCGAAAAGAGAAGGGACAACCCCCCCCCAAAAAAAAAAAAAAUAAAAAAAUAAAAAUCAAAAGGUAGCCUAAAAGCGAAAAAAGAAGAAAGCGAACCACGAAGAGAGAGGACAAGAGGAAAGCGAAAAGAGAGGAGAAAAGACACACACACACGUCAGAUGGAGUGGCUGUAUAGUGAUUGCCCGAGGGUAGUCCUCGGCAUCACUAUCGGCGCUGGCUUCUUGAUCUACUAUCUGGUCGAGGCCGUGAAGCGCCCCCUGUUGGCUUCCCGGGACAGCGCCUGGAGGGACUUCCUGGAGGAGAACCUGGUCAUCCUACAGGAGAGGUACUGGCCGACUCCCUGGUGCCUGGAAUCCCGCCUUCAGACAGUCCUGGCGUCGAUCCUGCGGUACAGACUGCUUCCCCGUGUCACCUACAGAAAAGAGGUGCUACAGUUGAGAGACGGAGGCCAGGUCUGCCUCGACUGGCUGGACGGCGCGGGGGGGGCCUCUUCCCCCAUCAUCCUUAUCCUGCCGGGGCUGACGGGGUCCUCGCAGAGCGACUACAUCAAGGGGCUCGUCCUGACGGGGAGCAAGACCGGUGCCCGCUGCGUCGUGCUCAACUACAGGGGCACGGCGGGUAUCGAGCUCAAGACGACCAGGACCUACUGCGCGGCCAACAGCGACGACCUGGAGGAGGCCCUACAGCACCUGAGGACGACCUACCCGAACGUCCCCCUCAUAGCAGCUGGAGUGUCACUUGGGGCGUCAAUCAUAGGGAACUACCUAACGACUCGGGGAGAGCAGGCGAGUGAAUUUCUGGUGGCAGCGGUGGUAUUCUCAACACCUUGGAACAUGCAGUUAGGGGUGAAGAGCAUGGAGAGGCCGCUCUGUAACCUGCUGUUAAAUAGGUACCUAGUGGCAUGUCUUUGUGGCUUAGUGAGCAGCAUGAGUUAUCAGCUAGCUGGCGAUCACAAGUGGAAUUAUGAUCAUGUCAUGAAGAGCAAGAGCUUUCGAGAGUUCGACUCCCGCUUCACCGCCAUGCAGUUCGGGUUCCGUGACGCCGAGGAUUAUUACAAGACCUCCUCCCUCCACGAGAAGCUCGACGACAUCCGGGUUCCUCUCCUCUGCCUGAACGCGGCUGACGAUCCUUUCCAGCCUAUGGAAGGUGUCCCAGUGGAAGCAGCGAAGAGGUCGAGUCACGUGGCCCUCGUCGUGACGGCGAGAGGCGGCCAUAUUGGUUUCAUGGAGGGAUUCCUACCCACUUGUACCUACUACAGCGACCGCCUUUUCCUCCAAGUGGUGAACGGCAUUUUCGCCAAUCUGGACAAGAUGGCUGCUAUUAAGAAGGAAGCUAACGAUUUCGCGAGUUGCAAAGCGGUCGAAUCGACUUCCAAAUCAUCUUAGGGGAUACGAGCGCUGUGCAUUUUUGUUUUUUGUCUCUUUCAUAUUUUUUCCCCUUCUUAUCAUGUCUCUCGCUGUCAUUUCGCUGGAAGAGAUGAUCACCCCGAUAGCAAGAGAGCUUAUUAUGGUAGGAAAGAUUAUACGGGUAGCAAAGGUUUGCGUAUUUAGAUAUUUCAUUCCUUUUUUUUUUAUAUAUAUAGAGGGUAUUCCUGUUCUCUCUGUAGUGUAAGUCAUCUUGCGAUUUCUUUGUGUUUACGAAGUCAUUACAGAAACAACGUAGGUCAUUACGAAGAUGACCUUAGUGAAGAGAAUCCCAAUAGUGAUAUUCAACUCAACAAAUGACUGAUUUAUUUCGAAACUAUAAACAAAUGUUCAAUUGAGCAAUAAAGCCUAAUCUUGCAAUUAAGACGCAUGUAGUGAGGGGGAAUUUUACAAUUUUUGAGUAUAAUUAAAUGUGGACGGAAUUAUUAAUUGAUAGCCAAGCAUGACUUGCUUUCCCAAAAGAAAAACUGAAUGGGUCAAGUAGUCUGGUCGCUUUUAAUUACCAAUCUUCGGUGUAUUUUCGAAGGCUAAGUAUACAUUUUCAUGAUGUUAUUAGUACAAAAUAUAGACAUACAAACUGCUUACAAGGGAUAUCUGAUCAUACGAUCAUACCGAAAGUAUCUCUUACAGAUAUUUUACAAAAAGACAACAACAAAAAAAUCCCCUUGAAGAAAGAAAGAAAAAAAGACAAUUAUAUACAUAUAUAUACAUAUACAUAUACACACAUACAUAUACAUAAAUCCGAACCAUACAUGAUUACAUCAAUCCAGACAUGAUAAACAUCAGUUCAUACAUGAUAAUAUUUACCAUUUAUUCUGGUGAACAACGGAUUGGGUUACAGCACAAGUUUGCCGUGUUGCAUAGCUCAUAUAGUCGAUUUAUCAAUAUUACUUGUAAUGUUUAUCAGUAUCAUUGUAGUUAAUAUUAUUAU